CACACACACACACACACACACACACACACACACACACACACACACACACACACACACACACACACACACACACACACACACACACACACACAUUACUUAUAUAACUGUCACUAAUUACACACAAGUAAUUCUUUCACAGGCCAAUUAUCAACCCCCAAACUAACCCCUUUCCUCCCAACAGUUCCAUUACCCUUAUGAUGCAGCCAAGGGGACUGACGCCACCACCACCACCACCACCACCACCACCACCGCCACAACAAGGGUUAUUCAAGUGGGGAACAUGCUUCAGGUGUUGCCCCAAGAUGCCUCAGCCCCGCAGCCCCACUCCGCCAUGAUAGUGCAGGCAGGGAAUGUCAUACAGAUUGUUCCAGCUGACAACAUGCAGGUGUUAGGGGCAGAAGUUGUUGGAGUUGGUGGGAUCAUGCAAGUGGUCGGGGUCCCAGGCUCUCCCAAACCAGCUCCCCAUCUGUGCCUAUGCAGUGUUUGGCCAGCCACUAGAGGCCACGUCAGAGGUGCCUGUGGUGGGGUCGCCAGUUCCGGAGUACGAGGUGGAGGAGGAAGAGGAAGAGGAGGACGAGGAGGAGGCACGGAUGAGGAAGAAGAAAAGAUCAUUAGCUGUAGCUCUCCCUCCAGCUGAUAAGGGGAUAUUAAUGAGGCCUUCCUACAGGUACUCUCCCAGCCGUGUCACAGCUGAUGAUGAUGAUGAUGAUGAUGAUGCCAUGCCCACCCCCAGCCUGAGCCACCCUCCACCCACCCCAGCCCUCACCAAGCCUCCUUCAGUACCCCUCCACACCACCACCACAACCACCACCACCACCAGCGACGCAACAGCCUCAUCUACCUCAGCCGGCCCACCCCCUGGCCCGACCCCCUCCCUGACAGUGGCCCCCCCACGGCAGGCAAGAAGAAGAAGGAGGAGAAAGUAUCAAUAAUCGUACAGAUUCGCGACGAGGAAUCCAGACUGAAACAGGCGCUGGGUUUAAAGAACAUAAUUUUCAACCCUUACGGUCCUGGCCUGGCCCCGAUUGCCAAGCUGCUGGACACCCCUGAGGAGCUGAAGCGUUUUGAGCCCAAGGGCUGCACCAUGAAGGUCCGGCCGGAGGAGAACGAGGCUCGGCAGAACAGAGACAAAGAACGGCGGCGCAGGGACAGGCCGGAGAGGGUCGACAGAAUGGACCGCCCCAGGGCAAAGGAGAGGGACAGACGCACGGACGCACAGGCCACGCAGGUCUGCUCCAUCCACCCACCCGUGCACAGAAAUGCUGGUAUCUCCACGUUGACAACUGGCCAGAGGAAGUAAGGACAGUACCUUGUGUCCCUGCCUCUGCUACCCCACCCCCUGCCCCGCCCCCUGCCCCAGCCCCCCGCACACAAGUCGGCCAAGUCCAAGUGGGACUCUGACACAGAAGAGCAAGUGGACGGACAGAAGUGAGGGGAGAGAGAGAGGAGGAAGAGAAGGAGGAGAGGAAGGAAAAUAAAAAUAUAAUCAAGAAUUUGGAGGAAGAGGAAGACCAGGAGGUACAGGUGAAGGAAGAGGAGGAAGAGGAAUAGACUAUCCCAGAGAAGAUGAAGGAAGAGGAGGAAGAGGAGGAGGAGGAGGAGGAGGAAGAGAAGGAAGAGUGAGGCAAAGGUCUUCCCCGAUUGUUUGACCGAAGAAUACGAAGCUUUCCUUAUGAUGGUGGAUGGAGGAGGAGGAGGAGGAGGAGGAGGAGGAGGAGGAGGAGGAGAGAAGAAAGAGGAGGAAGAGGAAGAGGAGGAGGAGGAAGGAAGAUGCAAGAGAGAGGUCACAUCACUAUAUAAAGAAGAGGAGGAAGACUACAUGAAAAUUGAAGAAGAGGAGGAGGAAAGAAGAAGAAAGAGGAUGAGAGAGGAGGAGGAGGAAGAGGAAGAGGAGAAGAAAGAACAGAAGACCCUGGAGAAGAUGAAGAAGAAGAGGAAGAAGCAAAUGAAGGAGAAGAGGAGGCAGAAGAAACUGGAAAAGAAGGCAAAGAAGAAGAGGAAGGAGAAAGAGAGGAAGAGGGUCAAGAGGAGGAGGAAGAGCAGUGAUAGUUCAGUACAAAUGGAGGAGGAGGAGGAGGAGGAGAGAAGACUUACAAGAGAUAAGAGGAAGAGGAAAUAAGAAUGGACUGCAAUAAGUGGCAGAGAGGAGGAGGAGGAGGACGAUAAACGCAUCACCUCGAGGAAGAAGGAGGAGGAGGAGGAGGAGGAAGAGGAAGAGGAACAAGAAGAGGGUAGAAGAUUCAGCAGACACUCGGAUAAUGGUGAAAGCCCCUCUUAUACUCCACCAAGAAGACUGCAAGAACAGGAGAAGGAAGAGGAGGAAGAGGAAGAAGAGGAGGAGGAAGAGGAGCCACUUUCCCCAGUGGCUCGGUUGGGAUCGAUAGCAAGGAGUCACCAAGGGAGUCAUCGCCAAAACGGGGCAGAACCGGGGCAUUCCGGGUCACCUCAGGGUCAGGGAGGAGCUACCCGGCCAGCGACACGUCUGGGUACUAUGACUUGACCCCGGACUCCUCCAGCGGGGCAUCCGGGGCAAAGACAUUCAAUUUAGAGGAUAUUCCGUACCCUACCAGAGAGAGUGAGAGGCACAGCCCCUCCAACAUGUCCCUCUCCUCCUCCUCCUCUGCCCCACCCACCCCGCCCUGCCCCCCCACCCCAGACACCCUGGAUGCCAUCCCCAUUCCCCCACCCACCCUGGACCUCACCAACAUCCCCAUGCCGCCCGUCACCUUCACCAUCACCCCGCCAGUCCCCAUCCCCAGGCCCAAGAAGGACCCCCUGCCAAGACCCAAGCCCCCGGUCCCCCUUCCUCCCAUGGCAGCUGCCCCACUGCUCCCCUUAUCCGUCCCCUUGCCCUGCCCCACGCCUGCCCACAGGGAGGAGUCCCUACCAGCCUCGCCGCCCCGGGAGGUGCCCCCCAUCGGAGGGGCGCCGGUGUCCCCCGGGGGACAUGACAGCGACGACGACGAGCCCCCCGUCCUGCAUCCCCCGGCCCCCGAGCCCCGCCCCACCCACCACCAGCCACACCACCAUAUAGUGUGGUUACAUUAUUGUCAUCAUGAUCAGGCCGCCGCGGGCCGUGGCGCGGCCUUCACCCUGCUCAUGACACAUGAAUCCACGCCGGCCGGGACCUUACGCCUUCGAUGUAUGUACUACUCCCGCAGCCCAGCCCGCCCCUACCACCACAGCCCGCACACCCUAGAGCGCCCCCCACAUGCUGGCCUCUUCCCUGCUUCACGGCCAGGCCAGAUUGCUACUCAGUGCGUGGCGUGGCGGCCUCAGGGCGUGGCAGCCGCCACACCCCCGAGGGCUCCUCGCCCCCAGACCACUGCCACGGCCCACACACCCCAGAGCGCCCCCCACAUGCUGGCGGCUUCCCUGCUUCACCGCCAGGCCAGAUGGCUACUCAGGGUGUGGCGGCUGCCACACCCCCGAGGGCUCCCCGCCCCCAGACCACUGCCAGUACCACAGCCCCGUGGUGCAGUACCACAGCAGCAUCAGUCCUCCCUUCUCCCGCAGCCCCCCGUGGAGCCCCGAUGGGGGGCGCCGCGCCAGCCCCACAGGGUGGCGCAGUCCAUGCUACCAGCACCACCACCACCACCACUACACUGCCCCACCCCGCGACCGCUGGAGCCCCCAGCGCUCCCCACGCUGUGUUACCCUCUCUCUGUUACCCUCUCCCCGGGGCGCCGCUCAUCACCCCCAGACCGCCGUGCCUCCCCGGAGCGGGGCCGCUCACCACCCAGCCGCUCCCCACGCUACUCCCCGCGCCAUUCCCAUUCCCGGGGGGCUGAGGUCCCCCUGCCGCUCCCCCUCCCCACUGGGUGAGGUGUACCCCUACGAGCGGCGGGGCUGGGGCUGCGCAGCCAGGGAGUGGGAGGCUCUCACCACCACCAUCACAGCCCCAAGGCAGAGCAGAGAAA